CGAUGAUGAUGAUGAUGAUGAUGGCAGAGCCAGACUCGAAAGUCAAAAUCAGUCCGUGGAUUCUAUUUUUGUCCUGUAUGGAUUUCUUCCACACAGGCGUGGUGCUAGCAGUGAACAUGACGCUCCCCACCUCCCUGGUCCGUGGCACGCUCGGAGGCGAGGCCCUCCUCUCUGUUGACUACGUCAGCCUCAGUGCCGACCUCCCCGUCAUCAAGUGGCAGCUCCGCCGGGAGAAGUCGGUCACCGUGGUGCAGUCCAUCGGAACCGACAUCGUGGGCACGCUGAGGCCCGAGUACAGGGACCGCAUCCUGAUUUUCCAGAACGGCUCCCUGCUCUUGCACAACCUGCGGGCGUCGGACGAGGGGCCGUACGACGUGGAGAUCUCCAUCACGGAUGAUACGUUCACGGGCGAGGGCAGCGUCGCGCUCACUGUGGAUGAACCUUUGUCCAGCGUUCACAUCGACAUGGAGUCGUCGUCCGUGCUGGAGCGCAGCGAAAACGUGGCGCUCAACUGCUCGCACGACGCGGGCACCCGGGCCACGUACAGGUGGUUGAAAGGCGGCAGAGCGCUGGGCAACGACAGCAGGCUGCAGCUGUCCCGCGACAACCGGAUCCUCACCAUCGCUCGCGUCACCAUGGCGGACGACGACGUCUACAGCUGCGUGGCGGAAAACCCCGUGAGCGCCGUGGCGAGCCCGCCCGUCAGGCUGAGCGUCUACAAAAGAAGUUCUAUCUAUAUCAUCCUCUCCACUGGUGGCAUCUUCCUCCUGAUCACCUUGGUAACCGUGUGUGCCUGCUGGACACCAUCCAAAAAGCCAAAUCGACCACCAAGAAAGUCCUUCUCCAGGUUUUAUAACCAGCGCGCGCCGUCUCGUCACUCGGUUGAUGCAACUCCAGAGGUGACGCAGCGCAAUGGAAAGAACGCCAUGACGUCACUUUACAUCCUGCAGCAAAAGGUACUGUCACUCUUUUUCUGGCUUCUUCGGAAUUCACCCGGUGGGAUUUUUUAUUUUUUUUUGCAGGAUCUUUCCCCGGGCGACGCAUCCGUCAACAGCAUCGGGUCGGCUUCGGAACCGGAGAACCCGCCCGGCUACACCAACUACAUUGAUUCUCUAACGCGGGCUUCUGCUCACUCCAAACAACUCCAAGUAUAGCGAACGAUAGAAGCUAUGUAAAAUGAAAUCCUGCAUGGAUUGGGACUAUUAAAACGAAACAAAACAGGAAAACUGGUUAUUAUUUUACUGCUAUGUUCAAUAUAUUUGUUGGGAAUACAGAAGUCUGAUCCCAGACAAGCUACAUUUACAUAUUUUUACACAAUUAAUUCAUCGUGAUUCAUUUGAAGGCAAUACUGCCUCACAUUCUUUCCCUUUCAAAGAAUAAUAAUAAUAAUAAUAAUAAUAAAUAAUCUAUAUUAAUAAUGUAAUAAUAAGUGUAAUUAUUAUAAUUAAAAUUAAUUUUGAAAAAUUCAACAUACUGCUCUCAUUAAGGUAGACAUGUUCUGCAAAUAAACUUGUAUUUUUUUUUCCAGAAAAAAGUUAUGAAAGGUGUGCAUUUUCAAGAUGAUUUUUUUUAUAUUUUCAAGGUCAAGGUUGAACAAGGUUAGGGUUAGUUUUAUUUUUGUCAGGUUAAAGUCGAAAUAUGAAAAAAAAUGAUAGAACAUUAUCAGUUAAAAAAAGUCUGAGAUUUUUGAGAAUAUAGUUGGAAUUCAUAAUUUUUUUUCAUAUUUCGACUGAUUUACAAAAUAUACAACUUUAUUUUCAUGUUGUAUUUUUUACACCUUUAUAAAUAUGUACAUAUAUAUAUGAUAUGAAUGUGAAAAAUGCUAUAUAUUUAAUUUCCCUCUUGUCAUUUUCUCUAUUGUGAAGAUACUUGACUUUCAAAAUGUUUUGGACUUUUUUUGGAGUUGCCAAAUACUCAUCUUUUAGAGAAAUCGAUGUUGAUGUCAUAAAUGUAUGUAAAAAUGUAUGUAAUCGAAAAUAUCCUCGUAACGUGGUUUUAAUCUUUAAUCUUGGAAAAGUUAUUUUCUCGAGUUACUUAUUAUUUUGAAAAAAAUACAAAUUCCUUCUUGUUGUAUGCAACUUUACUCUCAAGAUUACGACUGUAAUGUAUUUGUUUUCCCUGGA